UUUUUCUUUGCUUCCUAUUGUUUUUUUGUUGUUUUAUUGGUGCUUUAUUCUUUAUUAAAAUUUAUUUUGGAAGUUCUUUCAGGAUUUUAUAUUUUUGUGAAAAUGAAGCAAAUGAAUUUAUUCACUUUUUUGACAAAAUUAUCAACUAACCCGGAUAAACCAAACAAAGAAAAUGAAAGAAGAAUUGUCCGUUUUUCCAAAUCUGCAUCAAAACAACUUUCUUCAGAAAUUGAAAAUAAAGAAAAUUCUUCCCCAAAAAUUUAUAAACAACAAAAAAUUGGAAGAUUAGUUUCGAGAUUAAAUACAAUUAGUUAUUGUGAUAUUAGUAAGGAGGAUGAUGAGGAUUCUGAAUUGGAAGUGAUUAAUGAAUUGGCUAAAGGAUUAACUUUGGAAAGGAAAGAACGUUCAGUUAUGGAAGCACACGGCUUUUAUUCCAAUGCUGCUGUCUGCUUACCUUCUUGGAGAGAGCCAAACCAAUUGACUGUUCAACAACUUGAAGCUGACGAGGUUGCAUUUUCGAUUGAUGGAGAAACUCAUAUGAUGCGUACUUUUGGAGGUUUGACUUCAUUUUUUAUAACUGGAUUAACAGGGUUUUUUUUAAUUUUAGGCGAUGAAUAUUCUGAUUGUGUUGGCAAGUCUUCUUCAAGAAAACGUGCUCGGUCUUGUUUAAUUUCUUCUGAUGAUGAAAGCGUUGACUGCGAUUUUUUUAAUGCUCAAACUGAGGACAAUCAAUGGAUAGUUGAAAAAGUUCUUGCUCGUCGUGUGGUCGUGGACCUUCCCAAAACAAGAUCAGUCCAGUAUUUUUUAAAAUGGAAAGGAUGGGAUUAUAAACAUUCAACUUGGGAAAUUCAUUGUAAAGAAAAUAAUAUUGAGGAUUUGAUCACAGAAUUCCAAGAUCGUGAAGUCUGGCGACAAGCAAUUUGUCGUAGAAUCCCGGCGAAUGAAAGACUUUAUUUCUAUAAUAGUUAUAUGCUUGGUUCACUCGUUAAUUGUCAUCAAUGGGAAGACGAAAUGAAUAAUUUAAUUAAAAGUAGAACUCCAAGACAAGCUCCGAUUUAUGUUGAAAAUUGGGUUGAUGAAGAGGCUAAACCAAAGAAAUUCGAGUUUAUUUUGGAGAAUCGUUUUUCAAAGGAGGUAGAAAAAGCAUUGCAAGGAAUCCCAAAUAUUGAACACUGCAAGUGUGGAAAUGAAGAAGAAAAAUGUGGAGCUAAACAUGAUUGCUGUCCUUAUAAUUUCAAUCAAAAUUAUUGUUAUUUGGAAGAUGGAAGAAUUGAUUCUAAACAAACAUCUAUGAAUAAAUAUUGGAUUGUUGAAUGUACCGAUGCGUGUAAAUGUGGCCUUACUUGUCCAACACGAGUUGUUCAAAGAGGACGUCAAAUACCUAUAGUCAUCUUCCGAACAUUAGAUAGAGGUUGGGCAGUGAGAACUUGUGUUGAUAUAAAAAAGAAGUCUUUUGUUUGUGAAUAUGUUGGAGAGGUUUUAACAGAUGAGGAAUCUCUCGAAUCCAAAAAGCCAAGUACAUAUCAAUUCCAAAUGGAUGGAUGUGGUCCAAAAUAUUUUUUUAUUGUUGAUGCUGCAAUUCAUGGAAAUGAGGCUAGAUUUGUAAAUCAUUCUUGUGGUCCAAAUUUGGCUGUGUAUCCUGUAUUUGCUGAUAGGUUGGAUGAACGUUAUCAUAGAAUUGCUUUUUUUGCAAAAAGGGAUAUUAAACGAGAUUAUUGUGCUAUUGAUCAAUUCGCAAAAGGACGGCGACAGAAACAGUGCAAGUUAGUUUAUUUAAAAUUUUUUUAACCUAAAAAUUUUUUAAAAUUAUUUUAAUACAUUUUGGAGGUUAUUAUGAUUUUUUAAAAGUUUAUUUCUUUUUGGAAAUUAAAAAAAAUUUUUUUUUGAUUAAAUGGACGAGUUUUGACUUUAAGAAUAAUUUUUCGGUUAAAUUUUGGACCUGGCUUUUUAAUUUUUUUUCAAUAUUU